AUGGCGACCAUGACCAUGACGGCCACUGAGUCCAAACCUAAGCACUCCCGCGUACCCAAGGGUGUCAAGUUGCCACCAGAGAACGAGCGCUAUAUGCGUGCUUGCGCCGAUGUAGCCAGCGCCCUUGUCGAGGACUACGAAAGCCAGCUCGAUGGCAAGAAGCCCAAAAAGGAUCUCAACCUCAAUACUCUUCGCAAUAAUAUCGCAAAGAAGCAUUUUCUCAGCAACACGCCACCUCUCACUGCCAUCAUCAAUGCCGUCCCCGAACACUACAAGAAAUACAUCCUGCCUCGCUUGAUCGCAAAGCCUAUCCGUAGUGCCUCUGGUAUUGCAGUUGUCGCCGUCAUGUGCAAGCCUCACAGAUGCCCUCAUAUCGCAUACACUGGAAACAUCUGUGUCUACUGUCCUGGAGGUCCCGACUCGGACUUUGAGUACUCGACUCAGUCAUAUACUGGGUACGAACCUACUUCAAUGCGAGCCAUCCGUGCAAGAUACGAUCCAUUUGAGCAGGCAAGGGGAAGAGUGGAUCAGAUCAAGUCCCUCGGUCACUCGGUCGACAAGGUCGAAUACAUCAUCAUGGGCGGCACUUUCAUGUCUCUCCCCGUCAGCUACAGAGAAGAGUUCAUUUCUCAACUACACAAUGCACUUAGUGGUUUCCAAGCAACAAACGUCGACGAGGCCGUGCUGGCUGGCGAAAUGAGCAGCACAAAGUGCGUUGGUAUCACUAUCGAGACGAGACCCGACUACUGUCUGGACCAACAUCUUAGUGACAUGCUUCGAUAUGGAUGUACCCGUCUGGAGAUUGGCGUUCAGUCGCUCUACGAGGACGUAGCGCGCGAUACAAACAGAGGUCACACUGUCGCAUCAGUCGCCGAGACAUUCAAAUUGUCAAAGGAUGCUGGCUUCAAGGUUGUAAGUCAUAUGAUGCCCGAUUUGCCCAACGUUGGCAUGGAGAGAGACCUGGACCAGUUCAGAGAGUACUUCGAAAACCCGGAUUUCAGAACCGAUGGUCUCAAGAUCUACCCUACACUAGUCAUUCGAGGAACUGGUUUGUACGAACUCUGGAGAACAGGCCGCUACAAGAACUACACACCCAAUGCGCUGAUCGAUCUUGUCGCUCGCAUCCUAGCAUUGGUGCCGCCAUGGACCCGUAUCUAUCGUGUGCAGCGUGAUAUCCCCAUGCCUCUUGUCACGUCAGGCGUCGAGAACGGUAAUUUGCGCGAGCUAGCCUUGUCUCGCAUGAAGGAUUUUGGCACAACUUGCCGUGACGUCCGCACACGCGAGGUCGGUAUCAACGAAGUCAAGAACAAGAUCCGCCCCUCACAAGUUGAGCUGGUCCGCCGAGACUACACAGCGAACGGCGGUUGGGAGACGUUCUUGGCCUACGAGGAUCCUAAGCAAGAUAUUCUGAUCGGUCUUCUGCGUCUACGCAAGUGCAGCUCGACGCAUACAUUCCGUCCGGAGCUUACCGGGCAGCCGACGAGUCUGGUGCGUGAACUGCAUGUAUACGGCUCGGCGGUGCCUGUCCAUGGACGUGAUCCCAGGAAGUUCCAACAUCAAGGCUACGGCACACUCUUGAUGGAAGAGGCAGAAAGGAUAGCGCGUGACGAGCACGGUAGUGAGAAACUUAGCAUCAUUUCUGGUGUGGGUGUUCGCAGCUACUACGCCAAGCUUGGGUACUGGCUGGAUGGACCUUAUAUGAGCAAGUGGCUGAAGACCAAGGACGACGAGGAUAGCGACGACGGUUUCUGA